AACGACUCUGGAUUAAUUAACCCUCUAUAAAUAGCGCUUUUGGUUGUAUCACAAUUCAUAUCAUUAUAAAUUAUUAUUACUCACUAACCAAAAUGGCGAAGCAACACAUAUUCUUGAUCGUACUUUUCUCAUUAGCAACAAUGGCAGCCAAAUCGAACGGCGCGACGCCGAUCAAGGAGUUUCUCCAAAACAUUGACCAGGUAAAGUCAAAGGUGACCGAGCUCCAGCUCUACGUACAAGACAUAUUCACUAGCCCAACCCCGUCGAAUUUGCCGGUGGCCUUUGCGAAUUCCACGUCAGCAUCACCGACAUUGUUUGGUUUAGUGGCGGUGCUGGACGACCCGAUUCGCGUCGAGCCGAAACCCGAUGCGAUGAUCGUGGGCCAGGCGCAAGGGUUCUUUGCGUUUUCCUCGUUAGAGGACACGAGUUUUCAUAUGACGUUCGAUUUAGUGUUCACGAGAGGGAGGUACAACGGGAGCACGUUGAAUGUUAUGGGCCAUAAUGCAUAUAUGCAACCUCGACGUGAAUUGUCGAUUGUCGGCGGCACGGGUGCUUUCCGGCUGGCACGUGGCAUCAUCGGUGUUUCGACGGUGUCGAUGAACGCUACCACCGGUGAUGCUUUUUUCCAGUACAAUAUUACGAUAUUGCAUUAUUAAUUAAUUAUUAUUUGAUUGUUUGUUGUUUGUUGUUUAAGGAAUGUUUCAUGCUUUUUAUGUUGUUAUUAUUUUCUAUGUUGUUCUUUUUUAUUUUAUUUUUUCAAUAAAUUAUUAUGGGUGGAUGGUCAUUGUGUAUGCACAUCUCAUUUAUGUACGCUGGAAUAAAAUAAUUUAAUUGUCUA